AUGCGAUAUGCGAUGUACGGCGCCGCAGGUCUCACUGGCGGCUUCGCUGUUGCGUCCGUGUUUGCCGUAAUCUUUCAAUGCAAGCCGAUCUCAGCGGCUUGGGACACCACAAUCGGCGGCGCGUCUUGCUACCCCUUCUUCGACUUCUUAAAAGUCAGCACGGCGAUCGACAACUGGGUCAGCUGGGUUCUGUGCUCCAUUGCCGAGUGCACCAUCGCCAUCGUCUGUAUUUCGAUACCGCCGAUCGUCCCUCUCUUCACAAGAUGCGCCCAUCGAAGGAAGAACUUCGACGAUGACCUCGUAAAGCCUCGCAAGAAACGCGGAAGGUCGGCAAGAUAUACCGUGUGGCCCGGCAAGCCCACUCACAACCGUGCCGUAGCUCCCCGAGUCAUCCGGCCGAUGGCCACGCCGUGGAAGGACCAGCCGGUAGAGACGACGACGGUAUCGGAAUUCCACUGGCUCAAGCUCGAGCAGGCCGAACGCGGCCUCAGGGAGAAGAAGGAACGCCACGAACGCCAGAGUCAAGCCCGCCUUCCCGUUGCCCCGCCUGGUCCAUUGCCUUUCAGCAUGCCGGGCUUCAUGCCUCCACCCCCCGUUAAACAAUACCAUCGGCGCCAUGACAUGAGUUUCAACAGCUCUCGCGUUGACAUGUAUGGGCGUACUUUCAAUAGGGGUCCACAGUCGUCCAAGGCAGAUCAAGUUCUAGGAAUCGCCAUGUAA